ACCGGUCUCUCUUCCACCGGUCUCUCUUCCACCGGUCUCUCUUCCACCGGUCUCUCUUCCACCGCUUCCACCGGUCUCUCUUCCACCGGUCUCUCUUCCACCGGUCUCUCUUCCACCGGUCUCUCUUCCACCGAUUUGGCCCAUGUGUUACCACAAGUAGAUACAUAA